AUGAGUGUUCCAAAUAUCAUACUUCCAGCCCGUCGCCCACCUGGCGCGACACUGCCAUUCCAAGACACCCCAGGAACCUCGACCGCCCACUUGACACACCAGUGGCUUGAUCUGUAUGAUCGUGGCAGCAAGAUUUUCCCCGGCAUAUCCGCAGUAUCUUCACUGGCAAACCUUUAUGCGCUUUGGGCAUUGCGGGACUCUCCUACCCCUGCCCCGGAUAUCUUUGGGUCUAGCUGGUCCACAACCUAUCUGCUUGCAGUUGGGGUUACGAUGAGCAUUGCACCUUUUACGAUUACGGUUAUGAAGGAUACGAAUGCCAAACUGAAGGCUCAUGCAAGGCGCGAUGAUGCAGCUGGCGCCGAGGGUACUGAGAGUAUGGUGGUUAGUCCGCAGGAGAAGGCGAAGCGGGCUAGGGAGGAUAGUGAGGUGCUUGGACUUUUGCAGCAUUGGUCAAAGCUGAAUUUGAUCAGAUCUGCGCUUCCACUUGUUGGGGCUGGAAUUGGGUUCUAUGCUGCUGUCUCCAGCUGGAUAAUUCCUUAA